AUGACUCCGUACUUCAGCCCUCCAUCCACUCGCGUGGGUGCUUUAUUGAUCGUGCUUGUUCUCUCCCUCUUUGUCAUCAUCAUCCUUUCAUCAGAAAAUGACCACAUGGUCCAAGCAACAACAAGUGAAUGCAGAUAUCCGAAAGGAAAUGUCAACCAAAAACGAAAAGGAGCUGUUCUUGCCCUCGCUGUGGAUACUCUCCAUCAAGAAAUUGAAUCGCAACUCCUUUCUCAUGUCUUUGAAUUGCAAGAACAAGCUCUCACACAAGAGGGAAGAAUUCUCAAUGAUGAAGAUCUCGAGUUCACUGAAUUUCUCGAACAAGAAUUGAUCGAUUCGAGUGGACAAGUGACAAAAUCCUUAUUCAGACGUCGUCUCGGAAGAAGAUUGAGAAGACUCGGUCGAAGAUUGAAACGAGUCGUUCGAAGAGUCACUCAUGGCGUGGGUCGUGUGGGUCGAAGAUUCAAACGAGGUUUCAGAAGUUUUGGAAGAAGAUUUAGAAGAUUAAGAAGACGAUUUGGACGUGGUUUGAGAAGAUUGGGAAGAAGAUUGGGUCGCAGAAUUGGAAGAGGAUUAAGACGAUUGGGAAGAAGAUUGGGACGUGGUUUGAGAAGAUUCGGAAGAGUGGUUCGUCAAUUGAACAGUGCUUUGGUAAAGACUGUCAAAGCUGUGGUUAAGGUUUUAAAGACAGUCCUCAAAGAAGUGACAAGUUUGAUCACUCCGAAAGCAAAAGAAAUUGUGGCCUCAUCCGUUCCUAAAUUUACCGGAGCAACAGGACCCACCAACAAAGUGAUGGAAAAUCGUACACCUUUCAAAGGUCUUGGCGGUGAAUGUGUCUCUUGUCGUGUCGAUUGCAUGAAAGUCUAUCCAGCUGCUGGUGGUUCUCUUUUUUCAAAAUGUUCCAAACGUUUCCAUUAUUAUGGGUGUCAAUUGGUGGCUCCAUGCAUGCAUCCAUCAACUGCCACAGAUUCUGAAAUUGAAGGAAUGAUUGGAAUUUGUGUGGUGAGAAAUGGAUGUGAAUUGAAUCAAUCGGUGUGGGGUGAAAUCACAUGGGUGAAUGCAAAACACAUUCUUCAAACAGUGAUUGGAAGAGUUCGUGCGUCGGGAGUUUCGACAGAGUAA